CCAUUUGCUUAUGCGGGGCUAGGAAUACUGUCCGGAGGCCUUUCGCCGCCUUUUUGCCUCGACGGAAGAGGGUCCGUCCGGCAUUUUCAAGUUCAGCGCUUAGCACACGUUACCUUCUAUGGCCGGGGAAGAUUCGACCAUGACAUCGUGCUUCUGAUCAUGCAAGUCACGGGCAUCGCGUUUGCUCAGCUCAGUGCCCUUUAUAUCUCCGCCCUUGCUCUGUCGCAUCUUUCAUCCUGUCGCCCUUGAUUCGCCUUCCUGAAGCACCAUGUCCAGUUUCGGAGAGAGUUUUGAGGCCCGCACCGACCUCCCAGAUUUUUCUGCAGAGCAAGACACCUACGGCGCUGCUUCGGCACUUAACACGCGCGCAACAUCGACUCCAACACAUGCUUUUAUGUCCGGUACAGCCGCUUCGUCCUUCCACUCUUCGUGGAUGCAGCUUGGGGCGCCUACUUGCGGCGACGUCGCAUUCUACGCGGACGAUCAGCAGAAGGACAGCUCUUCGUCAUAUGGCACGCUAUCGUCCACUGGCUACGGCGCGAGACCUGGAUAUAUAGGACCCCCCAGCUUCGCAUCCAACCGCUCGCUCGACGAUAGCUCGUCUCACCCAGCUCACUCGUUCAGCCUGGGCAAUGCGAUGCUCAACGCCGGUGCCCCGCCGCUGGCGAACACGCCCCUCGGUCAAUGGGGCCUCCACGACUCGACGUUCGACUCGCCAUUCGCCCCUGUCGAUCCCUCCGCGAUUUUCCACAAAAAUUCCUUUGCUUCUGUCGCAACGCCCACGUCGCAGGCGUGGAAUUCCUGCAAUUACGGUAGCGCGGCGUUUGGGGGUCUGUCGGCGUCCGAAGCUACGAUUCGGGACGGUGCCAUGCCCCAUUCCGGACGUGUCUUCGCCGGGGGUGUCCCCAGGGAGUCCGUCGGCGGUGACACAUACGCGUACCCCAGGCGCUCGCCGGCGCAUCGGAUGGUGUCGUCUCCUACUUGUAUGACCACCGCGGGUGUUCCCAGGAUUUCUGCGCCUUCGUCGAGCGUCGGUGCCGCGCAGAUGGCCUAUACUUCCGAGGGUCGCCGGCAGGUCGCGCCUAUAGCGAUUCCAGCGCCUCCCCUUGCUCACUCCUAUGCGCCGUCGGGGUCGCCCACCAGCGCCUUACCCUCUCCCUCGCGACCCAUGCACUCGAAGUCUUCUGAGAUUUUUGGCAGCCGUCGGGACGGCGCGUCGCCACCCCAGCUUCUCCGUCGGGGGAGUGGCACGCUAUCUUCGCCGUCCUCCUCGACUUCGUCUUCUCCGACAUCGGCUACCUUCUCGUCGCCCUCGUUGUCGAUGUCUGGCAGUGCUGGAACCGCCGCGGAGCGCAAGGCGCAGAGGAAGGCGCGUCGCGAUGCCACUCAAGCGCUGAAUGUCGGUCUUGCGCCCUCGAAUCCGUGAGUCCUGCCUCGCUGAUGAUUGGAUUGUCAUUGAUUUUUGGACAGUGAGGCGCUCUCGUCGCACGAAAAGAAGCGUUACUACCUCG